AUGGAUAGAAGGACACGUUCUUCUGAAGAAGAUGAAAAUUUGUUUCCAAUAUAUUCUGAAAGGUCCCUGCAAGACAUGUCGGCCAUGGUUUCAGCUCUCACGCAAGUCAUUGGUGGCGGCACCACCAACAAUAACCCACUUCAAAUGCAUGAACAAGCUUUAACCACGUCUCAUUCCAGCUCAACCCAGAAUGAACCAUUCCAACAACCACAGCAAGAUCAAGGGAGUAGUGUUAGGAGAAGACACUAUAGAGGAGUGAGGCAGCGGCCAUGGGGCAAAUGGGCUGCAGAGAUUCGCGAUCCGCAGAAGGCGGCUAGGGUGUGGCUUGGAACUUUUGAAACUGCUGAGGCUGCUGCACUUGCCUAUGAUGAAGCUGCUCUCAGAUUCAAAGGAAGCAAAGCAAAGCUCAACUUUCCUGAAAGAGUUCAAGGCACAGCAGAGUUUGCUGGCUUCCUCACAAAUCAACAACAAUUUCAUCAUACAGUGUCAAGCAAUAGUAGUAAUGAACAAGCGUCUAAUAACCAUGUUGAGCCUCUUCCACACUUUUCUCAAGAAGCAGCUGCAUAUUCAAGUCCCUUUCAAUUUCAGGGAAGUGGGAGUGGAAACUUCAAUUUCUAUGGGUCUCAGCCCUUAACUCCGCAGCAGCAAGAGUUUCUGAGAUUGUCCAUGCAGUAUGGAGGUUCGUCUUCUUCUGCUGCUUCUGAGCCUCAUAGGAAUUGGAGGGAUGACAUGGAUGGUAGCCAUUAAUUGAAGGAGGAUAUGGUAUAAAUAUAGGACACUUCCAUACAAUUUUUACAAUAAUUCACCCUCACUUUUUCUUCUUGUUUCUUUGUGUACUUCGUUGCGUUAUUUCAUGUUCUUUAAUUCCUUAUGAUAUUGCUAUAUUUGUUGUUUAUGCAAUGUAUUUUGUUUGAAGAAGUAUGGUAUUAGUCCUAUAUCUUAAUUGAAAAAGAAAAAAGUUGAAAAUUGAGAUUUCACAA